CAAGGUUUUAGGUUGACAGCUGAUUCGACAAGCGAUUCUUUUUAAUCUGUGGCAUUCGCUCAGCGAGACGUGUGUGCUUUUUUCAAUUGAAUUUUCUCAAUAAAUGUGUGUGGAAAAUGGCAGAUUCCGAGGUAUUAAAAAAAUUGAAGGAUAUACCAUUUAAAAUCCAGACCGCAAGUUUGAAAGAACGACGUGAGGUUGUUGAAGAAAUUAGGAAUGUGUUAUCAACACCGGGUAUUACAGAGCCAGCAGUGCGAUUUGUAUGUCGCCUGCUGGUCCUCACGCUACACCGCUACAGGGACUCCACCUCCCAGUCAUAUAUCAAGAGCUUGGUGGCCUACCUUGCUACCACCCACAGAGAAUGGACCCUCAAAGCUCUGUUGCCUGUUUUGCUUGAAAUAUCAGAGCAGCUGAAGAACACAGCAUCAUCAAAGAGCAUUUGCCAAAGUGGACUGUAUGCUCUGCGGUGGUCCACAGUUCUCAUAGAAGGUGCAAUAAAGGCAUCAGAAGAAAAUGGUGUGGACUACAAUACCCUUGUGAUAUCCCAGGCUAAUCUGCUUGCUGCUAUUACUGCAUAUGGGGACCAUAGAAAGAGUGAUAAGGCAUAUUCUAUGUUACACACAACUUGGGUAACAAUUGGCAAAGCGAAAUUAUCCAAGUGGAUUGAGGUGCUACUUGCAACACCACCAGACUCUGGUCCUCAGAUCUGUGUGACAUUCUCUAUUCUGUGCCGACAUCUACAACAAAUAGGAGAAGGGGAGACCAUUGAAAAACACAAGACCAAGAUGCUGGAAAGUUUUACCAAGAGUAUAAUCAGCGUCAAAUCUCGACCAAACGCGAAUUACAUCAAGGGUUGUCACGACUUGCUGAGUCAACUUAAUUCCGGGGAUGUCCGCGAUGCACUGUUGCCAGCGUUACACAAGGCCAUGUUGCGCAGUCCUGAGACUAUCGUGCAGGCGGUAGGACAGGUGUUCGCCAGCCUGAAUGUGGAAUUAGAUGGAUUGGCUGUAGACAUUGGCAAAAGUCUAAUCGUGAACCUGCACUCGAAGGACGAGUGGGUGCGCGGCGAGGCGCUGCGCGCGCUGGAGCGCCUGGCCGCGCGCUGCUGCCACGCCGCCGCCGCGCGCGCCUUGCUCGCGCACGCAUUCGCCGAGUACAACGGAGCCAGCGGGAAGCUCACCUCCAGCGAGGACAAGAUCGCCGUGCUCAACGGUGUGGGCUGCCUGCGCGCUCUGCCGGUGCAUGGCGCGGAGCGGGUGGCGCUCUUCAACGAGGUGGCGAGUCAGCUGGCGCGGGUACUGGACAGCGAGUCCCACGAGCGCACCCUGUGCGUGGCACUCGACACGUUACAGCGGUGGACCGCAGGGCUCGGGACCACGCUGCCUGAUAAGUUACUCGAUAUAUUUAAGAAGAACCUGUCGGCGAAGAGCACGACGCAGGCGGUGCGCACGAUGUACAUGAGCAUGGUGGCGGCGGGCGUGCGGGCCUGCGGCGCCAGCCCCGCGCAGGCCGCCGCGCUGCAGCCCGUGCUCAGCAAGGCGGUCGACAAGGCGGCCCAGCAGCCCUUGCAGCACCUGGUGGUGAGCGAGGGUAUCUGCGCCAUGCUGGGGCUGGUGCAGCUGGAGGCGGGCGGCAGCGGGCAGUGGGCGGCGCUGGCGCACGUGCUGCUGCACGACCGCGUGCUGGCCGCCGCCGGCGACGAAGUCCUAAUGCAGGUGGUGUUGCUAUGCAGAACAGUGUUGGAAAACUACCAAAGUGUUGCCAGCGAACAAAACUCGCCGGUUUACAGAGCAUUCGUGUUAGUACUGUUAUCGCCGAUCAAGACUGUUCGUACUUCCGCAGUAGAGGAAGUUAAGGCUCUACUCGCUAAAGAAGACAGGGUUCUAAUAGCUAGGAAUUUAGCACUCAAAUUGAAUGAAGUUCUAGAAGAAGGAAAAGUGUUCAGUGGCAAAGAAAAGACACCAACGGACGAAAAAGGAGCUGGCGAAGUCACUGGAAAGAUGAUCUUAGAUUGUGUCCAGGCACUGUGUUCAUUUAAAGGUUACCCAGAGAAGGACUCUCAAGACUUGGCCCUAUCAGUCCUGCCAAGCUGUCACCACCCAUUAGCUGUGGCAGUGAACCAACAUGCGUGGGUGAAGCUGGUCAACUACCUCGGACACGACCCCAGAAAGUUGGUCAGCCUGUACUCUAACAAUCUCAAGAACAAGUAUAUUGUGGACUUUGUGCCUAAUGAUACCAACACUAACGUGGUGGCGACGCUGGUGCGAGUGAGCCCGGACGUGGCGGGCAGCGCGGCGCUGGCGGCGGCGCUGGCCGUGCUCAGCGAGCCCGGCCUACUGCGCGUCACGCGCGACGAGUACUUCACGUACCUCACGCCGCCCGGGGAACUCUACGACAAGAGUGCAGUGCCGGGUAAUGAAGAUAAUAAGGAGAUGAAUUUGAAACGUGAGAGCAAGGCGUACAGCUACAAGGAGCAGUUAGAGGAGCUGCAACUACGACGGGAGUUGGAGGAGAAGAACAAGAGAGAGGGCAAGGUUAAAGAGGUGCCUCUAUCAGCUAAACAGAAAGAAGCUAUCAAAGCGCAAUUGGCAAAGGAGAGUGCAAUAAGAGAAAGACUGACAGCGCUGAACGCGCGCGUGGUGGGCGCGGAGCGGCUGGUGCGCGGCGUGCAGCGCGGCGCGGGCGCGGCGCUGUGUCGCGGCGCGCGCCGCCUGCUGCCCGCCCUGCUGGCCGCGCUGCGCAGCCCGCUGGCGGCGCCGCGUCUGGCCGACGUCUACCGCGCGCUGCGCCCCGCGCUGCUGCCGCGCCACGCCGCGCUCGGGGACCUCAUCGCGCGUCUCACGCUGCGGCUCCAUAAGCCGCAGUGUGACCUGGAGCCUAGCUGGGAGGACAACGAGCUGGACGCGGCCACCGCGCGCACCAUCAAUCAGAUAUAUGCUAUCACUUGCACUAAACCUAGUGAAGGUGACGAGGAUGCACCGCAGAAGAUCAACCACUUUACCGCACCAGGGUUCUGUUACGCUUUCCCACUGCUUAAACUUGGUCUGUCGAACUCCGCGCUGUGGUCGGACGAGCAGACGAUGCUGAACGGGCUGGCCAUCAUAGAGCAGCACGCGGCGCUGCGCCUCGACUCCGACAUGAUGCACCCCGCGCUGUUCCCCAUCGACCACAUAUUCCGGCUGCUCAUCGACCUCAUCAGCAGCACGAGUGGGCGCGUGCAGGCGGCGUGCACCGUGGCGCUGCUGGAGACGGCGCAGUGCGCCGCGCGCGCCACGCUCUCCCUCGACGACGUCACCUGUCUGCUGGCCGGCCUGCAGAGCCCGCUCGAGGUGGUGCGCGACGCGGCGCUGCGCGCGCUGCUGCGCGUGCUGGGCACGCUGCCCGCGCUGCUGGAGGACCCGCAGCACGCGCUCGACCUCACCAAGCGACUGCUCGUCGCCACCUUCGAUGUCGCCGACGACAACAGGAAGCUGGCGGAAGAAUUGUGGUCUCAGUUGCCGCUGGCGCAGCAGUGGAGCCGCGAGCCUGAGCUGGUAGAGCUCCUCCUGGAGGAGGUGCAGCACCCCGCCGAGCCCGUCCAGCGCGCCGCCGCCGCCGCGCUGGCGCACCUCGUGCAGCGCUCCGCUGACUCCGGCGCCGUGCACCACGUGCUGCAGCGUCUGCAGGAUAUCUACACUGAGCGCCUGCCGAUGAUCCCCGCCCGGCUGGACCAGUUCGGGCACGUGGUGGAGGCGGCGGUGGACGCGUGGGGCGCGCGGCGCGGCGUGGCGCUGGCGCUGCGCGCGCUGGCGCCGCAGCUGCCGGCGGGGGCGGUGCCGCCCGCCAUGCGCUUCUUCGUGGAGCGCGCGCUGCCCGACCGCAGCGACCCCGUGCGCGCCGAGAUGCUCAACGCCGCCAUGGCCAUCGUCGACCUACACGGGAAGGAGACCCUCAGCAGCCAGUUGCCAGUGUUCGAGAACUUCCUGGAUAAGGCGCCCAAGUCGGGCGGCUACGACGCGGUGCGGCAGUGCGUGGUCCUGUUGGUGGGGUCUCUGGCGCGCCACCUGGAGCCCGACGACGCGCGCAUCAAGCCCAUCACGCUGCGCCUCGUGGCCGCGCUGUCCACGCCGAGCCAGCAGGUACAAGAAGCAGUGAGUAACUGCCUGCCCCACUUAGUCAGCUCUCCAGCACUAGAAGACGAAAUUCCGACCAUCAUGAACAAACUGAUGAAACAAUUACUCACUGCAGAGAAAUACGGAGACAGAAAAGGCGCAGCGUACGGUAUCGCCGGCAUCAUCAAAGGCCUCGGCAUCUUGUCUCUGAAGCAACUCGACGUGAUGGGCAAGCUCACUGAGGCCAUCCAGGAGAAGAAGAAUUUUAAAUAUAGAGAAGGCGCCCUGUUCGGGUUCGAGAUGCUGUGCUACAAGCUGGGCCGGCUGUUCGAGCCCUACAUCGUGCACGUGCUGCCGCAUCUGCUGCUGUGCUUCGGCGACUCGUCGCAGUACGUGCGCGCCGCCGCCGACGACACCGCCAAGCUCAUCAUGAGCAAGCUCAGCGCGCACGGCGUCAAGCUCGUGCUGCCCUCGCUGCUGCAGGCGCUGCAGGACGACAACUGGCGCACCAAGGCCGGUUCCAUCGAACUGUUGGGCGCGAUGGCGUACUGCGCGCCGAAGCAGCUGUCGUCGUGCCUGCCGUCCAUCGUGCCCAAGCUCAUCGAGGUGCUCAGCGACUCGCACAUGCGCGUGCAGGAGGCCGGCGCCGAGGCGCUCGGCGUCAUCGGAUCCGUUAUCAGAAACCCCGAGAUUCAAGCAAUCGUGCCGGUGCUUCUGGAGGCCCUACAGGACCCGUCCAACAAGACGUCGGCUUGCCUGCAGACCCUGCUGGACACCAAGUUCGUGCACUUCAUCGACGCGCCGUCGCUGGCCCUCAUCAUGCCGGUAGUGCAACGCGCCUUCCUCGACCGCAGCACCGAGACCCGCAAGAUGGCGGCGCAGAUCAUCGGCAACAUGUACUCCCUCACAGACCAGAAGGACCUCAUGCCCUACCUGCCCAACAUCAUACCCGGUCUCAAGAGCUCCCUGCUCGACCCUGUGCCUGAGGUGCGCUCAGUGUCGGCGCGGGCGCUUGGCGCCAUGGUGAAAGGUAUGGGAGAGAGUAGCUUCGAGGAGCUACUCCCAUGGCUCAUGCACACCCUCACCUCGGAGUCUAGCUCCGUAGACCGCUCAGGGGCCGCGCAAGGACUGUCCGAGGUCGUCGCCGGCCUUGGCGUGCACAAACUGCAUAAAAUCAUGCCAGAUAUAAUCGCGACGGCGGAGCGCACAGACAUCGCGCCACACGUGAAGGACGGCUACAUCAUGAUGUUCAUCUACAUGCCCGGGGCCUUCACGGACGAGUUCCUGCCCUACAUCGGGCAAAUCAUCAACCCCAUCCUCAAGGCGCUCGCCGACGAGAACGAGUACGUCAGGGAGACCGCGCUCAAAGCGGGCCAGAGGAUUGUCAACCUGUACGCCGAGUCCGCCAUCACGCUACUAUUGCCCGAGCUCGAGAAGGGACUAUUCGAUGACAACUGGCGCAUCAGAUAUAGCUCGGUACAACUCUUGGGAGAUCUACUCUACCGUAUCUCGGGAGUUUCUGGAAAGAUGAGCACGGAGACUGCUUCAGAAGACGAUAACUUUGGUACGGAGCAUUCACACAAGGCGAUCAUUAACGCCCUCGGCCCUGAGCGGAGGAAUCGCGUACUGGCUGGUCUGUACAUGGGCAGAAGUGACGUGGCCUUGAUGGUGCGCCAGGCUGCGCUGCAUGUCUGGAAGGUGGUGGUGACCAACACCCCGAAGACGCUGCGCGAGAUCCUGCCGACGCUGUUCGGUCUGUUGCUGGGCUGCCUCGCCUCCACCAGCUACGACAAGCGGCAGGUCGCCGCCAGGACCCUGGGAGACCUCGUGCGCAAGCUGGGCGAGCGAGUGCUGCCGGAGAUAGUGCCCAUCCUAGAGCGGGGGCUGCGCUCGGAGCGCGCGGACCAGCGCCAGGGCGUGUGCAUCGGGCUGGGGGAGAUCCUGGCGUCCACGUCGCGGGACGCCGUGCUCAGCUUCGCGGACGGGCUCGUGCCCACCGUGCGCACCGCGCUGUGCGACCCGCUCCCCGAGGUGCGCAUGGCGGCCGCGCGGACCUUCGACAGCCUGCACGCCACCAUCGGGAACAAGGCUCUGGACGACAUCCUGCCGCAGAUGCUGGAGGGACUCAAGGACCCCGACCCUGAGAUAGCGGAGGCCACGCUCGACGGUCUCAAACAGGUGAUGGCCAUCAAGUCGCGCGCCGUGCUGCCGUACCUGGUGCCGGUGCUGACGGCGGGCGGCGCGGGCGGCGCCGUGGACACGCGCGCGCUGUCGGCGCUGGCGGCGGGCGCGGGCGCGGCGCUGGCGCGCCAUCUGCCGCGCGUGCUGCCGGCGCUGCUGUCGGCGCUGGUGGCGGCGCACGGCGGCCCGGACGAGGCGCGCGAGCUCGACCACUGCCGGGACGCGCUGCUGCCCGUCGUCGACCCGCCCGGCGUGCGCAGCAUCAUCGACACCCUGCUGGAGACGAUCCGCAGCGGGACGGCGGCGCGGCAGCGCGCGGCGGCGGCGCUGCUGUGCGCGUACGUGUCGCACUCGCGCGCGGAGCUGGCGCCGCACGUGGCGCAGCUCAUCCGCGGCCUCGUGCUGCUGCUGGCCGCCGCCGAGCGCGACGUGCAGCUCAUGGCGUGGGAGGCGCUGGCCGCGCUCACCAAGUCGCUGGACCCCGAGCGCCAGAUCGCGCACGUGUCCGACGUGCGCCAGGCCGUGCGCUACGCCGCCGCAGACCUCAAGCCCGACCAGCUGCUGCCCGGCUUCUGCCUGCCCAAGGGCUUGGCUCCGAUUCUGCCGCUGUUCCGAGAGUCGAUACUGAACGGUCUACCUGAAGACAAGGAGAACGCUGCACUUAUGUUGGGCGAGAUCAUCAGACUUACUUCUGCUGCCGCCAUCCAACCUUCCGUAGUGCAUAUCACGGGGCCGCUCAUACGUAUCUUGGGAGACAGGUUCAACUCCAGUGUGAAAGCAGCCGUACUCGAGACAUUGGCCACUUUACUCACGAAGGUGGGAGUGAUGCUGAAGCAGUUCUUGCCGCAACUGCAGACGACGUUCCUGAAGGCACUGAACGACCCGAACAGGCCCGUGCGCAUCAAGGCGUGCCUGGCGCUGUCGCAGCUCGUGGUCAUACACUCGCGGGCUGAUCCUCUCUUCUUGGAAAUGCACAACACCAUGAAGAACGUGGAGGACCCGCUUAUUAAGGAGACCAUGCUGCAGGCCUUGCGAGGCGUCAUAUCCGCCGGCGGCGACAAGAUGACUGCCACCACUGCGCUGGCCAUCCUGCCCACGCUGAGCAGCCCCGCGCUGCUGGCGCACCCCGAGGACCCGCCGCGCUCGCAGGCGGCGGGCUGCCUGGGCGCGCUGCUGCACUGCCUGCCCGCGGCGCAGCAGGACGCGGCGCUGGCGCACCACGUGCUGGCGCCCAGCGAGCCCGAGCUGCUGGCGCACGGCCGCUCCACCGCGCUCUUCGUGGCCCUCAAGGAGACGCCGCACAUCGUCUACAAGGACGAGGAAAAGGUGGACAAGGCGCUGCUGGCGCUGCUGGCCAGCGACAAGGUGUCCAUCGCCUGCAACGGCAUCCGCGCCAUGGGCUACCUGAUGCGGCAUCUGCUCAAGGAAGGCCGCCCCGUGCCCCCCGCCAUACUCUCGCAGUUUGUCAGAAGUAUGAACCACCCAAGCAACGAAGUGAAGCAACUGAUGGCCCGCGCGGCCACGAUGCUGGGCCGCGAGGCGGAGCUCAGCGCUAGCGGACCCAGCGCUGAGCUGCUGCGGGCGCUGCUGCCGGCGCUAGUCAACGGCACCAAGGAGAAGAACACCUACGUCAGGGCCAACGCCGAGAUAGCGCUGCGCGCCGUGCUACGAUUGCCGCAAGAUGAACAGUUCCACCUGCAAUGCAUGGCGUUACUAGAAGAAGGCGCGCGGGAGGCGCUGGGCGACGUGGUGGCGCGAGUGCUGCGCCGCAAUAUUGCCGACGGACGCGACGAGGACCUCGACUGCACGCUACUUACCUGAGACCUACAUACUACUACGCCCCCGCGUCCUGGACCUCACACUUAUACUACUUUUAAUUUGUUAUACAACUUCUUACUUGUUUCCUUAAUCCUUGUAAAUAUCUGCCAGUCACUUGUAUGUGCUGUUAUUUUUUAUAAAAAAUAAAUUAAUGAAUAUUUUAUAAAAUUUUUACUAAACUAGACCUAUUAAUUUUAAAAAUACCAUUUUUAUUAUAAUGUAUAAAUAUUAGCUAAACAAAUUGAGAUGUUACUCCCAUUCCAUUUGUGUAGCUACAUGAGAAAAUGAAUUUAUUACCUAAUAUGUCUGUCAACAAUACUAACCAAUAUAAAAAUGACUGAGUAAUAUUAGUGCAAUACCCACCCAGGGAAUGAAACAAAAUGAGAGUGGUAAUAAAUUAAUUACUAUAAAAUGGCAAUGAACUGUAUUUGUUUAAUAAAGUACAAUAAAAUCAAAUAACAAUAAGUGGUAACCCAAAAUUCAAUUACACUAUUGAUAGCAUUCCAUAUUAUUUAUCUACAUACAAACACAGAUUGAAUUUCCUAAUAUGAAAUCAUGCUGAAUUGUUAUCUCUGUAAUAACAAAACAUAAAUGUAUCAAACUGAAUAAACUACACUACUUAUCAUAUGACUUUAUCUCAUACCAUACCAAACCAGUUUGAUUAAAAUAAUUAAUCCAUCAGAUUCUACAAAACAUAAAAUUUACUCGAUUAUUGUAUUAAACCAAGGUUGUAUAAUACUUAUGCAUAUUUGUUCUCUUACAUACAAUAGAAGAAUAGGAAUGUUACAUAAAUAUGAAAUCUUAACAUAGAAAAUCACAAUACUAUCUGAAAAGAACUACAACUCCUUAUCUUUAUUCUUUUUUGUAAAACCUCUUUCCUGGAUCAAUUCAUUGCAUUGCUGGCGAGUCAGUUGCGACAAUGGAAGACGUUCUAACUCUCGGUCAUUUUCUCCAAGUAGGACCAACUCCGGUGGAGCUCCACUGAUAAAAUUAACUUCCACACGCUCAUAAUUAGGAGCAUCAUCCAUCACAAAUCUUUUGACCUCCGGUAAACGAUUUAAUGAGCACCCUCUGCAAGUCUAAAAUAUAAUAAAAUAGUUAUUAAACAGAACCAAGCACUCUUACUUAAAUAGUGUAAGUAGAUAGGGGUUGACACUUGUGUAGCUAACCUCAAUUCUUGCAGAAACAAUAUCUGAAUUCUCGUAAGCAAAACUUGUAGCUAAAAUAGCACAAAUAGCUAGCAAUGUAAACUUCAUAUCGAUAAAAUUAGAUGUUUCUACUUAGUCACGCAGAAUUUGACUGAAUUUGGUAAGCGAUUAUUGCUCUUUUAAUAUAUAGAAAAUUGAAAUUCUAGCUAGGGGACGACGAAACGUCAAUAAUGACAUGACAGUCAUGCAUGAC